AUGUUUCCUUUUCUCACCGAGCAGCAGCCUGGCGGCUUUCUUAUCCGCGUGCACGCCAAGCCCGGCGCGCGGGUCUCUGCCUUCGCUGCUCCCCUCGCACUUCACCACACCGAGGUCGACUUGCGCAUCGCAGCACCGCCGGUGGAGGGUCAGGCGAACGCCGAGCUGGUUCGAUUUUUCGAGGAGGUCGUCGAACAAGGACUGCGCGAGCUGCAGAGGGACUCGACAGGUUUCGUGGAAGGUACGUCGUACGCACAGGUGGUGGCUGCCGAGUCCGCCGCCGCAGAGACGCAACUCUGCACGAGCGAUUCAGUCGAGAGGGGUGACAAGAAAUCACAGCGAAAAGGAAAGGGGAGGGACGCUAUUUCUAGUGCCUCCAACGGCCAAAAAAUCAAAUCUAGUGGGGGUAAGGCAUCCGCUCCGGCAGUGCAUCCACCAGGCGAGGUUUUUCCUGCACGCGUUGAUGUGACCCUGGUGCGUGGCGGAACGUCACGAGAGAAAACGGUGCUCGCGUUGUUUCCCGGCACGCGGGCGCAGCUCCUUGCCAUUCUGGAGAAAGCGUCGCAUGCAUGA